UUUUACGGCAGAGUCUUCCUGGCCAGCCUCGUAUUUUGCCCAAGCAUCCCUCCGGUCCCUACAUGCAUCAUUGUGCUCCACGUGAUGUUGGUAUUGCUUCCAGCGCUUGCUCGGCAAAAGGCCAGGAAAAACGAACACAGGUUUUAUUCGUAA